AUGGCUGAGGAUGACACCUCCACCACCACCAGAGCAGAUGAUAAUAUCGCACCUAUAGAUGCUGACGCUGAUGCUGAUACUAAUACUGAUGAACCGGCUACGCGGUUCAUUUUGCUCCCAGCAGAGAUCCGGCUUUUCAUCUACGACUUCGUCUUCGCCUCGACGCGGCUCACGUUCGGGAAACGAGUCAUGGAUAAUACUAAUACUGCGCAUGCGGCGCGCAUCAAGAGACCGCGGAGCAACAGCCUGGCCCUGCUGCGCGUCUGCCGUCUGAUAUACCGUGAAACGAGGGACCUCUGGCUGAAUCUGGUUCUCUUCAAUUUCGAGGAUCCGCGCACGCUCCUGGACAAGCUCACUCCCUUGUCGGCCGCUACUGUGUCCAAGAUUCGCCGGCUGCGCGUCUGGGCUGAGUCGCUGUGGUUUCAGACGGACUUGCAGCCAGAAGAGGGUGGGAUCGAGGCGCUCAUCCAGAAUCUUGAGCAAGGAGGAGGGACCGAAGCCCGGGCAGUACUCAGCUACAGCCUCGCAGCCAUCCUGAAGUUGGUGCCCGCGCUGCGUCUAGACGUCCUGACCGUCUUCUGCUCGUCCGACGACCGGACGGCGUGGCAGACGCUGACAGCCCUGGUCAAGAAAGGCAAUGGCUGGCGGCAGCUCAACUUCGUUACGCCCAACAGUGCGCCCUUAAUGUGGGCGCUGAUUCACCAGCGAGAAGAGCCCGACGAGGAAGGAGACCGCUACCGCAUCGGGUUGCCGAUUACCUGGGAAGAGCAUCUGUAUCGCCGCGACGGGGGCGAGAAGUCUGGUGCUUCUGUGACGAUCUAUCGGAGGACUACCCCAGACACUACAACCACCACUGCUGAUGCUACUACUACUACUCCGUCGAUCCUCUGCCCCGAAGCGCGCCAGCUCUUCAACGAAGACGACAUCCUAGAGCUCCUCGUGGUGGUGAAGCGCGGGCGCAACGCCAACAUCGCGGAGCCAGAGACGCUGUCGGCCGUCGACCUGGAUGACAUCCGGGCGUGGAGCCAGGGCAUGGACUGGACAGAGAUCAGGGAGCGGGCGCUGUCGAUGUCGGAGAGCGACGACGCGGGAGAGUGGGACGUGGACGACGAUGUCGACGUCGAGGAGGACAGCUAUGAGGAUGUCGAGGAGUUUGAGUGGCCCAGACUGAGGGGAUGGGGGAGCGCGAUCUUGGUGGAUAUCUGA